AUGGGGCACAUUACCCAUGUUGGUUUUAGCUCUACGUCUGGUCUAAAUCUGGACUCUGAUGUAGACAUGAAGGCACUAAUCAGUCUGGCAGGUGUCCAGGAGGAGCAUCUUGACAAGGAGAGUUCUCAUACAAUCUUCAAUAUACUAAAAAAGGAAGGUACCAUGGAGCACGCCCAGAAAAUGCCAGGAAAGAUGACAUCUGUGGAAAAGCCCAAUGCACGCGCCAGACUCCGAUCUUUGUCAUCUUCUAGUAUUACACCAUCCAAAAAGAGGAAGAGUCCUAAUAAACGGUUUCCACAUGCAACUAAAAUCGCAAAAGCACUACCGGACCAUACACCUUUCAACUACAUUCAGUCACUGAGCCAAGUCCCUCCAUCCUCUUCUGCUCCAUCUUCCAGCCACUUCUCAUCAAUGAGAAGCCUCCCAUCUACGCCUACGCCUCCUUAUCUAAAAGAGUUGUCCAAGACUUUUUCCUGUAUACCUUCUGUUCAUCCUCCAUCUAAGGAUAAACCUGUGUUACCACCUCAUCCCCAAUUUAUUUAUGGAAUAAAUUCCAAAAACCUUGGACUCCAUCCUAUGUCAUCGAGUAACAAAAAAACUCCUGCAAUGGCUGGUUAUUCCUUGCCUCCUAAUCCAAAUGGCACUGCAACUGAAGAGGAGUCUUUGCUACAUUAUAAACAUUCUUCCCCUCAGUUUGAGAGAGAUUUUACUGCCUCCCUUUCUCAUAUACCCAGUAAUGAGUCUUCUGUUGUAAAAUAUGAAAACAUUCCACCUCUUCCUGAUUCCCCUGUGUUUGUUAAAGGUGUCCAUUCAGAAACAGUUGACACUCCUCUCUUGUCUUCAGAAUCUCAACUGAGAAUAGAGAUUGCUCAUAGAACUGUACCAUCUGCUCCUUAUAUUCCAUUUAUGUUGCAAUUUCACAAUAACCAGACUCUACAGUCCUCCGAAGAACAAUUAUUGUGUAAGCGCUUGGACCCACCACUGAAUCUUCAGGCUGAGAAUCUCAACAAUGGCUCUGCUUCAGGAGAACUGGUGGUUGCUAGUAAAUAUCUUGGUCAACAAAAUGAACAAACAUUCUUCUUGGACCAAAUCAGACAGGGUGUACAGCUGAAAUCAGUCGGCCAGAAUCUAAAAGCAGAAGCGGAGUCGGAGUGCUCCAGCAUUGUUGGUGCUUUAAGGGCAGUCAUCCAGAGAAGGCACAAAGCUAUACAUUCCUCAGAUGAAGAUGAUGUGGAGGAAGAAUGGGAGGACUAGGCAUUCAGUAUACUGUGAAAUACAUUGUGGCUGAAGUGUCUGUUUUAUGUUGUAUUCUUUUUAUGUGGAUUUUUUAAUGUGCUAAAAAAAGAACAGUUUAUAAUAAAGAUGACUAAUGUACACUUUA